CGGAGGAAUAUGGCACUUGAUGGUAAAGCAAUAAAAGAAGAAAUACCAGACAAAGAUACAUACGAGACCAGUGCUCGUAAAUUGAAAGCAGGCAAAGAACAAUGCCGCACACCGGACUCACCCGAGGGGGCACGCGUGGUCGCUCCCCGGUCACCCAUCUCGCCCCAGAUCUCGCAACAUCACAGCACGCUGGUACCGCCACGAUCGGCCUCAUCACAAGUCAAUCGCCACGGGAGCUCAUCCCCUACCGGCACUGUCAAUGGCAGUGGCGGUAGUCUAGGAAGUCUGACACCACCACCGGCCAUUACGCCCGCCUCGGCCGCGGCUGUGGCUGCAGCGGCCGCUGCUGCCGCCGCCCAGCAGGAUACGGCGAAGCUGCUGAAGAUCCGCCGAUUUCUUGGAGCGCUCGUGCAGUUCGGUCAGGACGCGAACGUGGACACCGGCGAUCGGGUGCGCUCUUUGGUUUUGUCACUAGCGAGCGGUGCCAUCACGGUGGAUGAAUUUCAACUCGCGGUGCAGGAAGCGACCAACUUCCCGCUGCGUACCAAUGUCGUACCGUUUCUGAAAUCACACGUUCCGGUACUGCAGCGAGAGAUCAACAUUCUGGCACGGUCAAACAAGCAGACAUCUUCACAAUACGUACGAUCCAACGAAAGCAGCGUGAUGGAGUACGUACAAAACUUAGCCGAAACGGCUGAAAUAUUCUUACCACACGAGGGCACCUUCGCCUCCUCGGUGACUGCUGCCGCAGCGGCCGCGGCAGCUGCUGCAGUGGCUAGUGGUGUUGCCGCCGGUGGCCCCGCGGCCGGUGCAACCGUCAAUGGGUUGGGACUGAAACGACGAGCUUCUGAUAACUUAUACGACACACAUUCAACGGGUCCUCCGGAAUGGAGUGACUAUGUGCUGCCACCAACCAAACGUCCCCAUCCAUCGCUGUUGUUAGCGUCCGGUGCGUCGCAGCUCUAUCCGGGCCAUCCAGCGCUCUUCGAAUAUCAAAACGGUGGCUUACAUCCACAUUCCGAUGGUUUGCAUUCCAUUCAUCGAGACGAUCGGGAUUUGAGAGCUGGCUCUACCGAAUCUCAUCGCCCACCCAGAAUUCCACCCGGCGGAGGAAGUGGUGGUGGCGGAGGUGGUGCUGGUGGAGGCAGUAGCGCUGGUAGUACCGGAAACGGUACCGGUGGUAACAGCAGUAUAGGAGGUGGCUCGGUUGGUGGCGGAGCAAGCGGUGAGGAGGAGUGGAAAAACAUUCACACAAUGCUAACCUGCAUUUCGGCCAUGGUGGAGAAGACGAAGCGAGCCAUCGCGAUACUGCAGCAGCGUGGCAUUGAUAACAACCAUGCGCGCGAUCAUCAGGACACCUCGAUGGCAGAUAUCAAGAGACAAACGGAGGAAAAAAUAUCCGAGUUUCGGCGCACUGCGGAAGAGUCUGUCAAUCAGGUAAAGCGACAAGCUGUUAUGGAGAUACAGCGUGCCGUUGCGGCUGCGGAAGCCAGAACACUGGAGAUGAUCGCCCAGGAACGGCUAAAGAUGGAGAAGCUGUACGCUGACAUACAUCGCAACAGUGCCGAUGAUGCAGAGCCUCCGAUUACGAGCGGUAGUCAGAAUGCUUGCUGGAACUGUGGACGAAAGGCAAACGAAACCUGUUCCGGCUGUAACCUGGCACGAUAUUGUGGUUCAUUCUGUCAGCACAAGGAUUGGGAUCAGCAUCAUCAGGUUUGUGGUACAUCACGCGCAGAGAACAGCUUUCAAAAGCACACGCAGAGCUCCCGUACGUCUAUAGCUUCCCGUUCGACGACGCCGCAGCAGCAGAGCAACAGUACAUCGAACGGUACGGCUUCCGCCGCAAAAUGACGGACUAAACCGUUGAAACCUAAGAAAAAGUAUCUGUGCUAGUCAAAUUACU